UCAGUCUCCGUCGGAGUCUUCGCGUUUAAACUGUCCUACUAGUCUUGUGUGAAAUAAAUCUCACAAUAGCUAUGAUAGCAUUAGUCAUCAGUACAUGAAAUAAUGAAAUACAUGCGUUUUUCCCAUAUUUCUAUGACGAUUUUACAAUAUUUUCUUUUCCAGAGCUAAUUAUGUGCCAUAUGAAGUUUAUGACUAAAGACGCUCGUCACUCUUGUUUGGCCGCCAUGUCUGAUAUUCUUCUGAAGCUUAGUUUAUUGAGUUCGUGUUGUGCUAUAUCUUGUUGGGAAUAAAAGACAGUGAAUUUCGUUGUGAUAAAGCAGCAGAUAUAUAGGAAUAUCGUAAAACUAUAUACUCGGAAUGUGUGUGGAGUGUGUCUGGAAUUAGAGCAAAUCGAUAUAAUUUGCUUUUGCAGAAGUCUUCACCAUCGUAUUUUUAGUUCAUCCGCCAUAUUGGCGUUAAUAUCUCUUCAUUUGGAGAAAUCUUAGUGUUGGAGGAACAUCAGCAGGCACUACUGUUUGGUGCCAGGUAUGAUUUAAUUUUAUUGAUUAAUGGGAUGACCUGCCUCCUGGUGCUGAAGCACCACAUUUAAUUUAUUUUGAUAGAAUGGUUUUACGUUACUGGAGGAAAUAGCUAAUGCCUCUAAGUCAGAGAUUGGAGGAGCCUCUAGUUGCAAUUGAGGUAGAUAGCAGAUUCCAGCACAAUGCAGCAGGCUGUAGAUCCACUAGCGACGACGAGCACUCCGACUGCGGAACCAAUCAAUGGCGCUCCGCCUGAAGACCCUGCGCGCAGGCAGGGACGCAUAACUAACCAACUACAAUUCCUGCAGAAAAAUGUUAUGAAGGCAGUAUGGAAACAUCAAUUCGCCUGGCCUUUUCAUCAGCCGGUGGAUGCCAAGGAAUUAAACCUUCCGGAUUACCACAAAAUCAUAAAGAAGCCUAUGGACUUGGGCACCAUCAAAAAGCGGCUCGAGUCAAAUUAUUACUAUUCUGCUCAAGAAUGCAUCCAAGACUUCAAUACCAUGUUCACCAACUGCUAUGUCUACAACAAACCUGGCGAGGAUGUGGUGGUCAUGGCGCAAACUCUAGAGAAACUCUUUCUGAAUCGAAUAGCUCAAAUGGAUAAAGAGGAAAAGGAAAUGGAAGUACUUUCGAAAGGUGGGAAAGGCGCCGUGAAGAAGCGAACGACCGGUGGGAGCAGCGGCGGCAGUGCGAGCGCGAGCGUCGGCGGCGGGGCGCGCGGGGCCGCCGUGAAGACCAUGCCGGCGCCGCCGCACCCCGCGCUCGUGGGUUCCACCAACACCACCACCACACCCGCGCUUACGCUCGCCACGCCCUCCGUCACGCCGCCCGCCACGCACACCGGUCUCCCGCAACAGGUGGCCACUCAACAGUCAAGUUUCCACGUAGCGCAGGCCGCUGCCACGCCCGUUUCGACUAUAUCGUCGGUUGCCCUCUCGCAGACUCAACCGGCUAAGGUUAAAAAAGGCGUUAAGAGAAAGGCUGACACCACUACACCUAUGGGCAGUUCCUUUGAAGGAGGAUACACUACUCCAACCAUAGAUCAGCAAAGUGGUGCUAAACCCGCCAAAAUAUCUACCAGAAGAGAGAGUGGACGCCAGAAAAAGGCCGGCAGGACAGGUGAAGACUCAUUCAAGAUGGGCGCGCUGUCGCCCAGCGUCGGCGGGCCGGGCGCCUCGCACCACGCCGCUCUGACCCCGCAACUCGCAAAGGGCAAGGAAAAACUAUCUGAUGCUCUCAAAAGUUGCAAUGAAAUUUUAAAAGAGCUCUUUUCUAAAAAGCAUUCGGGCUAUGCCUGGCCAUUUUACAAACCUGUGGAUGCCGAAUUACUUGGACUCCAUGACUAUUUUGAUAUAAUUAAGAAGCCUAUGGAUCUCGGGACCGUGAAACAGAAAAUGGACAACAGAGCGUAUAAAACUGCUGCAGAAUUUGCAGCUGAUGUCCGUUUAAUAUUCACAAACUGCUACAAGUACAACCCCCCAGACCACGAUGUUGUGGCGAUGGCAAGAAAACUACAAGAUGUCUUUGAAAUGAGAUAUGCUAAAAUUCCCGAUGAGCCCAUACAUGUGGGAGUUCCUCACAUGGAUAAAGGAAGUUCUGCAUCCAGUUCCGAGUCGGGUUCAGAAUCAGACUCCGAUUCAGAUGACUCUGAAGAAGAAAGAAAUAAUAAAGUAAAGCUCCUAGAGAAAGAGUUACUUGCAUUGCAGGAGAAAAUGAGAAAGUUAGUGGAAGAGUCCAAUACCAAGAAAAAAGCGAAAAAGAAGGUUAAAGAUAAAUCAUCAAAGAAGCAAAUGGUCAACAGUGCAAUGCCGAAGGCGAAUGCAGUAGCGGGCUAUGGCGCCAAGGCUAACAAUAUUGCAGAGAAUAUAGUUGGUGUAACAGGCACAGGGAGCGCACGCGGCAAAGGCGGUAGCAAGCGCGGAGGUGGCGGCGGCAAGGGCGGCUCUCGGGCGUCCGCGCCGGGCAAGAAGAAGAACUCGGCGCCCAGCACGGCGCCCGCGGCGCACGCGCCGCCGCACGCCGACACCGACGACGAGGACGUCGCCAAGCCCAUGUCAUACGACGAGAAGCGGCAGCUGUCGCUGGAUAUCAACAAGCUGCCCGGCGAUAAACUGGGCAAAGUGGUGCAUAUAAUACAGAGCCGGGAGCCGUCGUUACGUGACUCUAACCCAGACGAGAUCGAGAUAGAUUUCGAGACCCUCAAGCCAUCUACGCUCCGAGAGCUCGAAAAUUAUGUAGCCUCUUGUCUUCGAAAAAAGACACGUAAGCCGCAUUAUCGUAAAGUCUCCGGUAAAUCUAAAGAUGAACAAAUGGCGGAAAAGAAACAGGAGUUAGAAAAACGACUGCAAGAUGUGUCUGGACAAUUAGGAACUACUAAGAAGCAACAAGUGAAAAAAGAAGGCUCAAAGGAAGCACUGGCCGGAGGCGGCGGCGGCAUGUCCUCCUCGUCCAGCUCGUCCGACUCGUCCAACUCGUCGUCCAGCACCGACACCAGCUCCUCCGACACCAGCGACAGCGAAGCAGGUGCCGGCACGAAACUGCCCAAGAAGAAGAUGAAGAAGCAACCUCAUCCUGCGCUACCUGCGAAAAUCGUUCCACCAGCGCCGACGGCCGGUAGUUGUUUGCCCGGGGCGGCGGCAGGCGCGGGCGCGGGCGACCCCGAGGUCAAGCCCCUCGUGGAAGUGAAGCCUCCCGCGGAGGUGAAGCUGGCCCCCGUCGCGGAAGCAAAGGAACCGCCCGUGGCGCCGAGCGCGCGCGCCGUCCCGUCCGCCGCCGCGCCGCCCGCCGCCCCUGACUCCUCUCACUCCUCCCACUCGUCACAUGCGCCACACUCGUCGCACUCGUCGCACACGUUGCACACAUCGCACUCGUCACACGCGGCGCCCGCGCGCGAUGCCGUCGACCAGAAAACGCCCGUCAAAGCAGAGUCCCGCAACGGACUCGAUAAAGCGGACUCCUCGCACUACAUUGAUCCAAUAGAGCGCACCCUAGCCAAUCUCGAGCGUACCCUCAAGGCUGAAGUUCCCAUGGACGUCAGUGUCAGCGCUUCCGAAACAUCCAUGCGUCUUGAGAACUUCGCCAUGCCCAAACCGCAGAUGUUGGGCGAUUCAACGCACCAAAAUUUAAUGGCGCACCUCGGUGGACUCGCCGAAAUGUCGCACGUUCCCGACCAGAUCAAGUCGGAAAUGUAUCCACCGCACAACGGCUUCAUCGAUAAGUGCAUGCAACAAGAGCGCGAGAUGCUCCGGGCCGACAUGAACACGGGCAUGGGCGGGAUGACGGGGGUGCCGCCGGUGCCGUCCAUCUUCGACCCGGCGCCGGCCGCACCGCUGUCGGUGAUUGCGCAGACGCACCACGCGGCGCCCGGCGCGCCGCUCGCCGCGCCCGUCAAGAAGGAGGAUGUGAAGCCACUGCUCACGCCCAAACCCAUCGAGGAUCUCAUCGGGGUCUCACCCAUGGUCCCUAAUAACAUGGAUAGAAACAAAUAUGAAAUGGAUAAGAAAAUGGAGGAAUCUAAAAACAACUUUGCUCAAGCUUUUAAGUUAAAACAGGAGCAAAACCUGAAGAAUGCGAGCUCGUGGUCUUCCUUGGCUCAAGCUGGAAGCCCGCAGAGCGUUCCUAAUGUGAGCUCUAACAACCAAAUAAAGCAGAAGCCCGUAAUGGAUACUUUCCAAGAAUUUAAGAAGCAAGCCAGGGAGAAAAUUAAUCGGCAGAGGGCUCUGAUUGAGCAGCAGGAGCUUCGGAGAAAGGAGCAGGCGGAGCGAGAGAGACAGCGCCAGGAAACGGAACGGAGACAUCCCGAUGACGACAAGAUGAGGGCACUUGGCGGAGUCCGCAAAACAGAGACGGGUGACGUGGCGUCGCCGAGCGUGUCGCCGGUGGCGCGCGCGUCGCCGCCCGCCGCGGCCGCCGGCGGCGCCGCCGCCUCCGCGGGCGACAAGCCUGCCGCCUCCGAGCGCGAGCGCCUCCGCCAGCGCGAACAGGAGAGACGUCGUCGAGAAGCGAUGGCUGGUCAAAUAGACAUGAACAUGCAGAGCGACCUAAUGGCUGCAUUUGAAGAAUCUUUGUAAUAAUAGUUAGAUGACCCUAGUUCUACAAAGCAAAAUCGUUACGUGUACAGUCGAGGGCAAAGAUAUGUUUACACAUUUGCACCUUGAUCCUUUGUAAUAAGGCGAACAAUGUAAACAUAUCUUUGACAUCGACUGUACCGACACCGUUCAUGUACGAACCAGUACCGUACCUACUCUAAAACUAUUCUUCUUGCUAUGGUGGUUGCUGACAUUUUGAUCGCUAUACAUAACUUUGUAAAUAUAAUUAAUUACGUAUAGGGACGCUAAAACCAAUCAAUUGCCAACCCCUGUCAGUCAAUUCAAUUUUAUAUGCUGACAAUAUUACCCGUACUUCUAAAACGAUUUUGAUUUAUAGAAUCGUACCGUCGACUGCGCAACGCCCGUACUGACAAUUUUUAAUCAUAAUCAGUGUGUGCGGUGAAAUGUGACUCCGAGUGAAAUAGUGAUUUGUGCGUGAAACCAUUGACUAACAUGUGUAUAAGAGCUGUGAAUAGGAUACUUAUAUUAAAUUAAACUGUUGUACCAUCAAUUUAGAUUUCGUUUUCGCGAGUUAAGGGCCUCUCUUAGGAGGUUGCAUUUUAAAAUUAUGUGUAAUAUAUAAGUUAAUUGUAAGGUCUUAAAAUAAACUCUUUACAUUUAUAAGCCAAUUGUUAUGGGGUUCGGGUUAAGGGUUGAAAUGAAAAGCAGUUGUCUUCCCGGAAGUCUGUUUAUGAAGUGAAGAUGUCUGAUGCGCGCGAUACAGAUGUAUCUCCACCACAUUUGCUGAUGUUGAGUUGAGGCAGUGUGAGGAGCAGCUCGCUAUCCGUCCACUGCACCACUCGGACCACUAGUCACUUCUUUUUCAUCGUCUUUCUCCUUCAUUCUUAGGACCACAACAUUUACUCUACCUGAAGUAACCCUUAGCUUAAUGUUUGCCGCUUGCAUACCUUAUAAUGUAUGAUGUCUCAUGAGAUAAAUGUGUAUAGGAAAUAUUUAUUUGUAUAUAGAAUAUAAUACCUACUGUUGCCGCCAGGAAAUAUUUAUUUGUAUAUAGUAUAUAAUACCUACUGUUGCCGCCCGGUCAUAGAUUGACGUAAUCAAAUUAACAGUGGUAAUGGAUAUUUUUAUUUAUUUAUUUUAAAAAAUAAAGUACGAUAGCAAAUGUAUAUCAUACAUAAAUACUAAAUGCCAGAAUCGAAUAGACGGGCUACAUAUCAGAAUACCGAUAAUGAGGGCUAUCGUUUUUUUGCUCACCAGUUGGCGCCUCUGUUGAUGGUGGUCCAAAAGACUAAAGAACAGCUGUCAGUCAAUGAAGUGACAUUUGACAUUUCGAACUUUGCGACCACCAUCUACAUUAGCGCCCCUAGCGGCGAAUUCAUACGCGUUAGCCCUCAUUGAUUUACCUAAUGUCGAAUCACCUAUGCUCGAUUCACCUAUUUUUAAAAUACCUAACGAUCUUUUUACCUAAACAUUAAAUGACCUAAGUUCAUAAUACCUAAUUUCAUUUAACCUAAUGUAAUAAACACCCAAUGCACGAUAUACCUAAUGCUCGUUCUACGUAACGCACGUUUCACCUAAAGCUAUUAUACGUAAUGCAUGAAACACCUUAAGCUGAUAUACCUAAUGGACGAUACACCUAAAGCCGAUAUACCUAAUGUAUGAUAGAUAUACCUAAAGUUGAUUUACCUAAUGGAUAAAAUACCUAAAGCUGUUAUACCUAACGAACGAAAUACCUCAAGUCGAUAUACCUAAACCACGGAAUACCUAAAAUCGAUGUACCUAAUGCAUGUAAAUACCGAAAGUCGAUACACCUAAUGGACGAUAUCGCUAAACUUUAUUUACCUAUUGAACGAAAUACCUAAAGCUAAACGUUAACGACCAAUAGUGGUUUCAGUUAUGUUUUAUCUAGAUUUUAAUCAUUUUUAAUUUUAUUUAAAUUUAUCAUGAAGUACCUGUACCUAAUUAGUUUAUUUAUUAUAAAUGUUAUAUGGAUCAACUUUGUCUGCAAUAAAUUAUUUUUUACAACGGCUUUAGCCCUCCGGCCGUUUUGGCAACCAAGUUUCUCAACCAGUUGUUGAAAAAGAAGUAAUAAUCCUGUUACGCAACUAGUUGCCCAAAAAGAAAAUUAUUCCUGAACCAAAACUAGCGUAGAUGACAGUAGAGUUUCGCAACCAGUACUGUUUCUUUAAAAAAAAAAAUCCUUCGGAAGUUAACUAGACGGUGCCCCGCUUCGCGGGGCUCCUAUUUCUGGGCGGUUUGCCCUUCGGGAAUCUGAAGCUACCUAACGAACCUAACAUACCUACCUAUUGAUUUAGUGUGACAUUCGUGAAAAUAUUACACUGUGGAAAAAAGCGUAGGUAGGUAGGUAGGUUAGGUUCGCGAAACGGGGCUCCGUCUAGGCUAGGUAAGUUGCAAAAAUGAAGUGGACUGACAAUAUAUAUUUUAUAUUUUUUUUAUAUACAAACUAGUCACAUUACGUUCUAAGUGUGUGGGACCUAUUCUUCAUUGGCAACUGAAUGUCAAACGGGAAUAGAUUUUCUUUUUUGGCAAUUAGUUGGGUAACAAGAUGAUUAAUUCCUUUUUGCAACUGGUUGCGAGACUUGGUUGCCAAAACGGCCGAAGGGGACUAGGUAUGACGAACGAACGACGAAUUCAUUGCGUGUAAGGCAUAAUGCUUACUGUUAUUAUAUGUUAAUGUUCCACCAUUUGUAGUAUACAUUAUAAUAUUAACAAUUAAAUAUAUUAAUAACGGGUCACUCACGUGUUUUAAGUCGAAAACGCUCGACAUGUUUCACUCCGUACCGAGGAGCGUCAUCAGGAGCUUGCGUCGACGGUGACGGACCGGCGCAGACUGCGGGCCGCAGCCCUCCGCGCCCGAUGACUCGGCGCGGGCGCCGGUGGCGGCAGGGGGGGCGAGAAACUACCCUCGUUUACGGCAUUAUUACACGGCCGUUAUUAGUAUAUUUAAUAUGUCUAUGUCUCACGGAAGUUUUGUUAUUAAAAUAUUAACAAUUAUUAUUUAAUCAUUAAGUUAACUAUUAUAAAUCAGAACUGAUUGUAAUAACUAUAUCAGUAUCACUUAUUAAUUAUUGACGUGUAAGUUGGUUUUAUAAAUAAAUCAUUAUGAUUAUGUAUUUCGUUCAUUAGGUAUGUCAACUUUGUGUGUUACGUGCGUUAGGUAUAUAUUUUUUUUAGGUUAAAAAGCCAUUCAUUUACAUAAUUAAAUAUACAAAGGUAUAAUCAAUACAAAUAGUAAAGUAAAUUAAUAACUAGCUUAAAUCUAAAAUCGGCCCUUGAGACAUUGUAUGAAGCAGUGUUGGCCCAACGUUAAUUGCGAUUAACCAUUAACCAGUAUAAAUUGGUCGGUUACAGUUUACGGUUCAAUUUAAAGUUUAUUAACGGCAUUAACGUUUCAGCCAACACUGGUACCAAGGAUGCUGGCGGCAAUUCCUCGUAUCGCGAUGCUGAUACGUUGUGCGAGAAAGCCUCCAGCUAUUCGGUCACCAGUAACGUCAACCAGACGCUUCGCGAUUUCUGCAAAAAACAUGCGCGCUGGGACCCCAUGGACCUAGAGUUUCAACACUUAGGUAUAUUAACUUUAGGUAUUUCGUUCAAUAGCUAAAUCAACUUUAGGGAUAUCGUUCAUUAGGUAUAUCGACUUUAGGUAUUCCCUGCAUUAGGUAUAUCGACUAGGUGUUUGGUUCGUUAGGUAAGUAUAACAGCUUUAGGUGGUUCGAGCAAUAGCUAUACCAGCUUUAGGUAAUUCGUGCAUUAGGGAUAUCAAUAUUAGGUAUUUCGUGUAUUAGGUAAAUCGAUUUUUAGGUAUUUCGAGCAUUAGGUGUGUCAAUUUUAGGUAAACCGACUAUAGGUAAUCAGACCUUAGGUAAAACGAUUUUAGGUGAAAGGUGCAUUAGGUAUUUCGUUCAUUAGGUGUUAUGGGCUUAGGUUAAUUGACCAUUAGAUAUUUAAAAAAAGGUGAAUCAAGCAUAGGACAUUCGACAUUAGGUAAAUCAAUUUUCGGUAUUCUGAUAUGUAACCAAUAGACGGGUAGCCACGUAACGGACCAAAUUAGAGGUAUAAGCGGCAUAAUUUUUGCGAAGUAAUUUAGUGCGAUAAAGUGACUAGUAGUGCUGGGCUGGGAAAAGACCGUGUUAUCCGAGAACGAACCUUGUGGCCUACACAGUACACAAUCUUUAAAAUUCGGGAUACCCAAAAAACGGUUCUUCAUUUCAAACCAGAACUGGAGGCUCGGGACACUUCCAUAAUUAAAGAUUUGUAGUUGAUACUAAUAUAGUAGUAUUUGAAUGAAAUCAAAGUAAUGAUGUAAGCAGUCAAUGGAAUUAUGCAAUGUGUUAUCUUGUACGUGUUUAUUCAUUGCAUGUGUUGACAUGAACGUGUUGGUGUUGUGCCACUUUGCAUGAAGUGGUUGCCGCUUUAAUUAAAUACCUAAACUCUAUUGCUUUCAAUCAACAUGUAAUGAAUAAAUUUAGUUUAAUUUGUGUAUUUAUUAGUAAAUUACAUUUUCUGUUACAUAUUCGGUAUUCAACAAAAUAUUUCCUAGUGUUGGUAGAUUUUUAUCAGUCUGUCAUUGUUUGAAAUCAGAUCAAAUGUCAUACAUUUGAUUUGUGAAAUAUAUUUAUUUAACAUUGAGACAUGCCUUUUUAUGUUUGUAGAUAGACUCUCCAUUAGACUUUUUGUACUAAAUAAUAUCCUUAUUAAAUAUUCUGCGUACCUACUCAUAAAUAAAUAAGGUAUCAGAAGUAAACAUGAUAUAAAUACCAACCCAAAACGCACUGUAUAUUGAUAAGCAAUUUAGUUUGUCGUUUACUCAUAUCAAUUGUAGAUAUGAACUAAAAUAUACAUUCCAUAUUGUAA